AUGUUGGACAUUAUUCAAUUCAUCGAAGAAAAGGGCGGCGACCCAGAAGCUAUUCGUGUUUCCCAGCGUGCUCGUGGAGAUAGUGUCGAGGUUGUUGAUGAAAUCAUCAAUGGAUACAAGGAGUGGACCAAGAUCCGUUUUGAUCUUGAUGCUCUUAACAAGAAGCUUAACAAAGUCCAGAAAGAAAUUGGUCUCAAGUUUAAGGCCAAGGAAGAUGCUUCUGAGCUUCUUAAAGAAAAGGAAUCCAUUGCUGAGGAAAAGGCUGCAUUGCUUAUUCGUGAACAAGAAGCUGACGAACUGGUGCGAGCCAAGGUUAACACUGUGGGUAACCUUGUUCACAAGAGUGUUCCUGUGAGUGAUGAUGAGGAGAAUAAUGAACUUAUCCGCAAGUGGGCUCCUGAAGGUGUUACAGUUAGUGUUGAGAAGAAGGCUGCUCUUUCUCACCAUGAAGUUUUGACUCGUCUUGAUGGUUAUGAUCAGGACCGUGGUACCAAGAUUGCUGGUCACCGUGGAUACUUUUUGCGCAACUAUGGUGUUUUUUUGAAUCAAGCUUUGAUCAACUAUGGCUUGGAUUUUCUUGUUAAGAAGGGUUAUACUGCUUUACAAGCCCCUGUUAUGAUGAACAAGGAUGUUAUGGCUAAGACUGCCCAACUUUCACAGUUUGAUGAGGAACUUUAUAAGGUGAUUGAUGGUUCUGAUGAAAAGUAUUUGAUUGCAACUUCUGAACAGCCCAUUUCUGCAUACCAUUCUGGUGAGUGGUUUGAGCAGCCUGCUGAGCAAUUGCCUAAGCGUUAUGCUGGGUUUUCUACAUGUUUCCGCCGUGAGGCUGGUUCCCACGGUAAGGAUGCUUGGGGUAUUUUCCGUGUUCAUGCAUUUGAAAAGAUUGAGCAAUUUUGCUUGACUGAGCCUGAAAAGUCAUGGGAAGAGUUUGAUCAGAUGAUUUCAUUUGCUGAAGAUUUUUACAAGUCUCUUAAUAUUCCUUACCGUGUUGUUGCAAUUGUUUCUGGAGAGUUGAAUAAUGCUGCUGCUAAGAAGUAUGAUUUGGAGGCUUGGUUCCCCUAUCAAGGUGAAUAUAAGGAGCUUGUUUCAUGUUCAAAUUGCACAGAUUAUCAAGCACGUAACUUGGAGAUUAGAUGUGGUAUUAAGAAGAUGAAUGAGCGUGAGAAGAAGUAUGUUCAUUGUUUGAAUUCGACCUUGUGUGCUACUGAGCGUGCAUUGUGUUGUUUGUUGGAGAAUUAUCAAACUGAGGAUGGUCUUAAUGUUCCUGAGCCUUUACGCAAGUAUAUUCCUGGUGAGCCUUCAUUUAUUCCUUAUGUGAAGGAGCUUCCUAAGGAUAGCACUUCCAACAAGAAGAAAUAA